CAGGUUCACCUGCAUCCCACCGAGAUGGCUUUCUCCAGCCUGUGCUAUCCAGAAUGCGGGGUGGCCCGGCCCAGCCCCGUCUCUGGUACCUGCAACGAGCCGUGCGUUCGGCAGUGCCCUGACUCCGAAGUGGUGAUCAGACCCUCCCCGGUUGUGGUGACCCUCCCCGGACCAGUUCUCAGCACCUUCCCUCAGCAGAGCGAAGUGGCAGCCGUAGGAGAACCUGUGGUGGGAGCCGGCUACGGGGGCUCCUUCGCUAACGGGGGAUUGUACGGCUAUGGAGGCCGUUACGGAGGGUUGUUCGGUUAUGGGGGUUAUGGUUAUGGAGGCCGUUACGGUUAUGGGGGCUUAUGGGGCUACCCAGGCUUUUAUGGUAACGGAGGGUACUGGGGCUACCCAGGUCGUUAUGCUCACGGGGGAUACUGCGGCUACCCAGGAUAUUAUGGUAACUGGGGAUACCCAGGAUAUUAUGGUGGAUUAUGCGGUGGAUACGGGGGAUAUGGCCGCAGGUACCUUGGCGGAUACUGUGGGCCUUGCUAAACCCAGCAGGACCAUCCGUGGCAGACCCAGGCAAUGAACGGCCGGAUACAGAUUCCCCCCUGAGCUUUGGGGCUUGGCUUUCAGACGUGCUGGGCAAACCCGGCUCCAGCUGAGCUCAGUGGGAGCUGUGUGUGCUC